GAUUACCGGCGAGUUCAUCGCUAAUUUUUUCCUGAACAUUUAAUUUUUCACUUAAUUAAUCCAAAUACCUUUAGUUUAUCAAAUAAAAUGACGCUCUAUCACUUUGGAAACUGUGUGGCUCUGCUGACACCGUAUUACUUUACCUACAAAUACUCCGGCCUGUCCGAAUAUGGGGCAUUCUGGAAGUGUGUACAAGCAGGAGGAAUUUACAUAUUUACGCAACUGUGCAAGAUGCUUGUCCUAGCCACGUUUUUCUACUCAGAUACCUCCUCCUCCUCCAGCGGCGAGUUCAACUUCUUUGCGGAGAUCUUCCGUUGCAGUGUGGACAUUGCUGAUCUGCUGGGAUUCGCCCUGAUCCUUAGUCGCAUUCCAGGAAAAGGACACUCCAAACUUAUCACUGCUGGACUUGGAUGGGCAACCGCUGAAGUAGUUCUCUCCCGGGGCAUAAUGCUAUGGGUUGGAGCACGUGGAACCGAAUUCAGUUGGGUCUACAUUCUGAAAUGUUUGGAGUCGAAUGUGCUUCUGGUGCAGCACAUUACCACGGCCACGUUGAUCUGGCUGUUCACUCGUCAUGAUCUGAACAAGGCGCUGAAGCCGCUAGUCAGCCUGCUCCUGGCAGUGACCGUUUUUAAGGGUGUUUGGCUGGAGGGCAUGAUCCACAUCCUGGCCAUCGGUCCAUGGUUGACGGUGGCGGUUAAAGCCCUCGUGGCUGCCAUUAUUGGAUUCUGCACACUGCACAUUUACUCGGGCCUGGCCCAGCAGAUCGGAAUUUAAGCAAAAGUGUGCCAAUAAUUCGUAUUCCUCUUGUUUUGUAAUUUGUUUAUUUUUUUCAUGUUGUCACAGAGAGAAUGAGAUUGUGUAACAAAGACAACAAUAACGGUUUAGAGAAUUAUAGAUACGAUAACGUAAUAGUAACAAAUAA